GACAGUCUCAGCGCUUUCGCAGCCGACUCAACCAUCGCAUCCAUCGCCAAUUCCGCUCCCACGCCCUCGGGCUAUUUCAACACUUUCACGAACGCAGCCGGGUCCAGCAGCGCCUAUGCUUACCUCGGUUAUGCGGUCGUCAACGGCGGAAAGACUGGCUAUGAUGUCAAUUGGUGUGCGUUCAAGUGUAACGCCAUGAAUGGUUGUCUCUCUUUCAACAUAUUCUUUGAGCGCGAUCCUGUUCUGGAGCCCGGAUCUGGCUGCUCCAACCCUGCCGCGUUCCCCAACAUCAAGUGCUCGUUCUGGGGCUCUGCUCUUGACCUGUCGACUGCGUCAAACAAAGGACAGUGGCGAUCGAGCUUCCAGGUGGGGAUCGCUGGGUCGAACGGAUACACAUCAUACAAGCUCGGCGGUCCGAUCGCUGGCUGGGAUGCUCCUCAAUCUUUGAAGACUUCUGCCAUGAACGCACCGGUACGCGAUUGUGCUGACACGUGGACCUACAUGGGGUUCAAGCUGUUCCAAUCUGGUCCAUUCGACCCGAAUCUCUGCAGUGCCGCAUGCAACUCUCAGACAACCUACAACCUAGCUCACCCUCCUUCGACGGGCAAAGUCUCUAGAUGUGCUGCUUUCGGAACCUAUAUCCUCACCAUGACCAACAAGACUGGUUCUUAUCAACAGGGCCAGAUGUGCACGCUGUACACUUCGAACUGGGAUAAGCAGUAUGCGGUAAAC